AUGAACCUAUAUACCCUCUCCCCUUUUACUUUCUUCUCCUUCAAUUUGACUUCGUGGUCUAGGACAACUCACUCACCGCAUCAGCGGAGUUCAGUGCAACUAAUAACAUCGUUUAAGGAUGGCAUCAUUAAGACCUUAUUCACAAUGAUUAACAUGACAUCAAGAUUACUUGAAAGAGGCUUCCUCUUAAUAGGAAAUUUCUUUAGCCAUCUACAAGUAGUGUUGGCUUAUUGCCAUCAGAGCACCUACAUGUCCAAAUCAAGGGAAUACGUAUUGAUCGAAUAA